AAACGGGGGAAGCUACUCUUUGACCAACUUGCAAAGUUGUUUUCCCCGAGGAUUUAACAUCCAGUAAGAGCCGAGAGGUAGAAGAUCUUAACACCACCCCAGUCGGCAAGUGGAUACAUCUGUCAUAAGGUAUUGGCAAAAUCUCGGCAAAAUGUCGAAAAGAACAAAGGGCUCGGGGCGCACGAAACACUGUUUUUCCCUUGUUCAUCAGUACAUUCAGCAUUUUAAUGAGAAAGCCGGCAGCAAAUCAGCUUUUAUUCGGAGAAGAUCUAAAAUCCCUGGGGUGGUCAUCACACAAUAUACAGCGAACAUACCAGAGGGAAAAGGGGUACCUGAUUUCAAAUGUAAACUAAAUGAAGUAAAUGUCCCAGAAGGGAAAUUAGCUGUUUUCAAGGCAUUGAUUGUUGGAGAGCCAAAACCUAAGGUGACAUGGAAAAGAGUAAGGGGCAGCAUUUCAGAGGGGAGAAAAUAUGAGACUAGAUAUGAUGAAUCAACAGGAGAGCACAUAUUAGAGAUUCAAGCAGUAAUGGGUAGUGAUGCAGAUACGUACAAGUGCAUUGCAGAGAAUGAAUAUGGCAAGGCUCUCUGCUCUGCAGCAUUAAAUGUGACAGACAUUGUAACCGACCCAUCAGAUUUCAGGAAAAUGUUGAGGAAGACCAAUUCGAAUAUUUUUGAUGAAAAAAAAGCAGAUAAAUUCAAAGAACGAGAUGAGCGAUACCGGGACACUUUGCAGAGGGACUAUGAUGGACUCGGACCUGAAGACAUGCAUUUGAUCAUGCUGAAGAAAAUGGAAGAAAAGAGACAGCAAGCAUUAAAGGAUCAGAUUGAAGUAAGUGCCUCCGAGAAAGAUUUACUGACGAAAAGUGGUUUUGUAAGUGAUGGAAGUGCAAAGGCAAAAGACGCUGAAGACUCUGCAAUUCCCAAUCUGGACUUUCUUGUUAAACUUCAAAAAGCAGUAACAGAAGAACAAGACACUGCCCUCUUUGAAUGUGUCCUUACCGAGCCACUGCCCAAGAUCACCUGGAUGGGCAAUGGCAACGUUCUUGAGGAUGGUGAAAAAUACAAAAUCAGCGUGUCCGACCACAAAAUGAUCCACAGGUUGCUGAUCAAAGACUGCACCGGGGAAGACAAAGGUCUCUACUCAGCUGUGGCUGGCAGUGCAUCAUGCAAGGCUGCCUUAGAUGUGGAAGCUGACCUUGAAGCGGUGGGCAAGAAGAAAACUGGAGGGGCAGGUAUAGACCUUGAGCAAGUGGUCAGACAGCAGCAAAUCAAAAAUCGAGAGCAAAUGGAGAAACUGUUGGAAGCUGUCAAAGCAAAACAUGACGCAGGAGAACUGACAGAGCAGAAAACAUUGUCCACUUAUGGAAAAGAUGGAGAGCUCAUUUCUUUGACUGGACCUGUCAAUUUCAGCGGGGGUGACAAAGACCUGCAUGAUGCAAACAUGAAUGACAAUAUUCUCAAGUCAAUGCUCACUGCAUUCAGUGUCACUGAAUCAGCAGUGGCUGCUUCAUCUGAGUUUGAACCCCCAACAGACGCUCACCAGCAGUCCAUUGAUACCUUUGAUGCUCCAGAACCAGCAGUGGCUGCUUCAUCUGAGUUUGAACCCCCAACAGACGCUCACCAGCAGUCCAUUGAUACCUUUGAUGAAUCAGCAGUGGCUGCUUCAUCUGAGUUUGAACCCCCAACAGACGCUCACAAGCAGUCCAUUGAUGCCUUUGAUGAUGGUUUUGAAGCAGGAAAGUCUGAGGGAAAUGAGGGCGGCGAUGCAGCAAACAAUCAGGAUGAAGAGACGGAGCAGGACGCACAAGAGUGGAGCGACGCAUGUGAUGGAAAGUUAAAUGAGAUCAAUGCAAAGCUCAAGGAAAGAAAGAAAAGACUUGAGAAUUUAUUUAAUGAAGACAGCGAGUCUAUGGAGGCUGAAGAAGCGAUUGGUAUUGCCACACAACCCAGACGUAAAAGAAUUGGCCCACUGAUAGAAGAUGUAGUAAUUGAUCCCGGGGUUCAAUUUAUCUGGGGCUUGUCUGACAUCAACGCCAUCAUCGGUGAGAAUGCAGAGCUAACGUGUAAACUCAGCAAAGAGGACUUCGAAGGAGUCUGGUUCAGAGACGACGAAAAGAUCACUCCAGAUGACACGUUUAUAAUCUCUACAGAGGGUGCAAUCCAUAAAUUACUUAUAAUAAAAUGCCAAGAGGAUCACUCCGGGAAAUAUCGUUUUGAGGCCGACAAUCGAAAAACAGAGGCAGUGGUGAACGUCAAAGAUCCUCCUAGGUUUGACCCCGACGACCUCAGUGCCUUCACGGAGCCCUUGAGAAUUAAAAUAGGGCACAACGCCGUCUUUAAACUGAAUUUUCUCGGCUUUGAGCCUAUUAAGAUCCAGUGGUACAGAGAGGGAGAGAAAGUUUAUGAUGACGCCAGCAGCACCAGGGUAAAAAAAUCAACCAAUCACAGCCGCCUGGUGUUGAGCAGAUGCCAGAGGAGGGACUCGGGAGAAAUCAAGAUCAAGCUCAAAAAUGAACAUGGCACAGCUGAAGCAAUUACACAGCUGAUUGUACUCGACAAACCCACUUCUCCACUGGGCCCCGCGGAGAUAACACUGAGCUCGGCUACAUGCAUUGAAUUUAAGUGGAGGCCUCCAAAGGAUGACGGCGGCUCGCUGGUGAUGAACUACAUCAUGGAGCGACAACAGGUUGGGCGAAACACUUGGAAAAAAAUAGGAGAGAUCCCCGGUGUACCUUUUUACCGCGACACAGACGUGGACCGUGGACGCAAAUACUGUUACAGAAUCCGAGCUCAGACCUCAGAGGGCGUGAGUGAGGUGAUGGAGACUGAAGACCUGCAAGCUGGUAUACUAGCCUUCCCUAGUGCUCCUGCACCUCCAAAGGUGGUCAGUACCUUUGACGACUGCAUAAACCUCUCUUGGACAGCACCAAGUAAUAACGGAGGCUCACAAAUUCUGGGCUACAUUUUGGAGAAACGCAAAAAGGGAAGUAACCUCUGGACUGCAGUGAACGCUUCAAAUGAGCCAGUUAAAGAGAAGAAAUGUGCAGUGAAGGAUGUAGUAGCAGGUCUGGAAUAUGAAUUCAGAGUUUUGGCCGUGAACCUUUCGGGACCUGGUGAAUUUAGCAAUCCAUGUGAUUUUGUUUUCGCACGGGAUCCUAAAAAACCGCCUGGUAAAGUAAUCGGCUUAAAAGUGACAGAAACGUCAUACAACCACUUUGUCUUGACCUGGACCAAACCCGAGGACAAACCUAACAUGCAGGAUGAAGCCAAAAGCUUUAUUAUCGAGAUAAGGAAUGCACAGUGCCUUGAAUGGUCCCGAAGCACCACCAUCACCACCACCUACUCGGCAAAAGGACUAAGGGCAAUGGACAUGUACUGGGUCAGAGUCAUUGCAAGCAAUGAUGGCGGAGAGAGUGAACCUCAGGAGCUUCCCAACUAUGUCCUUGCAAUGCCACCCCUCGUGAGACCAAAGUUCACAAACAAAAAGAUGAAGACGUUCAUGGUGGUCAGGGCUGGCAACACCGUCAGGGUUACUAUAAACUUUGAGGCUUCGCCACCACCAGAGAUCACAUGGCUCAAGGACAAUGGGCCGGUGCCAAAGCAAGUUACUGUGAGUAACUCAGACGGCGCAUCACAGAUAUUGAUCCCUUCGUCCGAGCGCUUUGAUUCUGGCAUCUACUCCAUUUUGGUGAAGAAUUUGGCAGGACAGGAAACCUUUAGUACAGAAGUCCGGGUCACAGACGAUCCCAAGCCACCUGGACCGGUGGAGCUGGAGGAAAACGUGCCUGGCACAGUAACGGUGACGUGGCAACCUUCUCCUGAUGAGAAGCUUGAUGACCGGCUACACUACACAGUUUCCAAACUGGACUCGACCAAACGCACUUGGGCCACAGUGGCUGACAGACUCUUCAAUAACAAGUUCACAGUGUGCAACGUCAUGCACGGCAGGGAAUACCAUUUUCGGAUCUACGCCAAGAACGACAUGGGCGUAUCGGCACCCUCCGAGUCACCCACCUGGGGGGUAGAGAGAAAGAAAGAAAAAGUGUCAUUGAACUCAUCUUGCAGAGAAGAACGUGACCUGCGAUGUGCUCCGGACUUCAUCGUUCCUUUAAAAGUUCACACGGCGCCAAAAGGCUACGAAUGUUACAUUAGCUGUGCCGUGACAGGAACCCCCAAACCUCGCAUCACGUGGUACAGGAAUCAUGUCAGUCUAAACACUAAUACCAACUAUCACAUCUUAAAUACCUGUGGAGUCUGCUCCUUGUUGAUCCUCAGCGUUGGUCCUAAAGAUGUAGGAAAGUACACAGUCACAGCAGAGAAUGCUUUGGGACGAUCCGAAUGUUCCACCAUGCUCAGUGUUCGAGAUUAAAGAAGAAGAAAAAACAAUUUUUAAUUAUUAUUACUCUUUUAGAUCUCUCAGACACAUGUAUUGUGUGGUUGUGCUGCUUGGAUGUUACACACACGUUGCAUGACGUUUGUUGGUCUGUUACGUAAACUAAAAUAAAUAUUU